AUGGUGAGGAGUCGUAAGGUGCAAGCGACGAGCGAGGCCGACGUGAGACGCGAUCAGUCUUUUCAAAAUCGCUCUAACGUCACCGGGUCCCGUCUCCGCGUCCGCAGAGGAUCCAGUUUGACGGAUCUGGACAAAUUGAAGUGCGGUGGCGGCUCAAGCGGUGGAGGUUCCAUAGGUGACUUGAUGAACAUGUUCAGUGGUAGCGCCAAUUCAGUCGGCAGUGACUCAUUAAUAGCGAGAACAGUUCCUUUAGAGACUGUGCGGCGUAAUAUACCGCCGGCGCCGUCGCCGCCCGCUCAUCCGCCACCCUCUCCGCUCAUACACGUGUCUCGACCAGUAGGCCCUUUAACGAUGGCACAACGAACUUUAAGAUUUAGUAGAUUGUUGAAAUAUCAACCGUGUUCUACUGACAUCCCUAUUAGUGUGGACUUACAAUUACGCCACCAUCACGCCACGAAAGAAUAA